AUGGAGUCGCUGCCCGCGGACGUGGUCUACACCGUGCUCCGCCUCGCGCAGCCCGCGGGGCUGCAGAUCGCGCGGCUCGCGUGCGUGUCGACGGGGUUUGCGCGGAUGGCGAAGGAGCAUCUCUGGAGGUGGCACUGCCGCGACCAACUCGCCGUCGACGCAUCCCCGAGCGACGCGCAACGCUCCGACUCCAAGGCUGUAGCCGAUGCCAACGCCGUUCGUGACGCACCCGCUGCGAUCACGGCCAGCGGUGAAGAUCCAGAAUACAGGCGCGAACGGUUGGAGCGCAUGCUGCACGACAUGGGAAGCGAAGAAGUUCUCACCCUCGCGAAGCUCGUGAACUUGUGUCCAGGCGUGCGACCCGCGCUGCUGCGAGGCAGGGAGUACAAGGCAAUGAUUUGCGGGUGCGGCAGCAGCCUCCAGUGCGCGUGCUGGCAGCCUUUCGCGAGCGUGGAAGGCCAUCCCAGUAGCGCGCCUCACUUCCGCCCUGGCAAGUUUGAGAUCAUGGAUAUCGUUCGCGCCGGCGUUCCAGCGGUCCAUUUCCUGAUCUCAUCGUGCUUUGUGCAUUUACGCGAGGAGCACGACGCCGUGCCGUUUCUUCUAAUUCGAGGACUUGAUAUGGACUUUCAAAGCUCCAAGAUGUACGAGUCUCAGACCCCCUUCGUUUGUGACGAGCACUGCCCAUAUUGCUCCUCCCAGGGGCAUCUGUACGGGCUGCGGCGUCUGGGCGAAGCCAUGAGGGCAAGCAGCUCAAUGGCGGAAGUGGAGGUGGAGAGGGUUGAAGGGCACGACGGCAGUCAGAGCAGCCAGGGCAGCGAGGACAACGAGGAGGGCGAGAGGGAGGCGUCGGAUGAGGCGUACUAUGCGAUGUUGGGGAGGGUGCUGCAGCGGGUGGUGCGGGGGGGGUUGGAGGAGGGGGAAUAUGAUGUGAGCAUCGAGGAGGGGGAAACUGAUGAUGAUGUGAGCACCGAGGAGGGGGAAACUGAUGAUGAUGUCGAACCGGGCACUCCCACCAGUGGAGCACAGGCAGUUGCUCUCACCGUCCCAGCUGGGCCAGCUGCGACACCUGAGCUUGCACGUGCACAUAUGGUGGAGGCUGCUGCCAGUGCUGCUGCUGCACCAGCACAUGCACCAAAUGCUGCUCCUGUGGACGUCACUGUGCCUUCUGCUACGAGUGGUGCUGCCUCUGCUGCGGCAUCAGACUCUGCCAGUCUGCUUCCCACGGCAGCAGCCAUUCCUCAUAGACAACUGUUAGAGGCACCACAACUCUGA